AGCGUGUGUGGAGGAGGCCGGGGAGGAGGCAGCCGCUGACACUGGCAGGAAGUUGGCGGCGCAGGAGGCAGCAGCUCGUCAGUUCGGCGCUCGCCAUGGCUGUGUGGACCCGAGCCUCCAAGUCCGGGCUCCUGGAUCUGCUGCUGCAGGACCACUGGGUGCGGGUCCACGCCGAGCUCUCCGGGGAGACCCUGAGCCUGACCUCGGAGCAGGAGCCGGCCGCGCUCAAUGGCAUGAGCAAUGGCACGGAGCUGGCCCCGGGCAGUCCCCGCAGGGGCCCCGGGCGCUCUGGAGCUAGUUCCCCCAGAUCAGACUGCGGCUCCGAGUCCGGGGUGGGCAGCCCCGGGGCCAGGUUCCCCCUGGACAGCCCGGAGGAGGGCGCGGAGCCGGCGAGGAAGGUGCGGGUGGUGAAGCAGGAGUUCGGAGGACUGGGCAUCAGCAUCAAGGGCGGCCAGGAGAACCGCAUGCCCAUCCUCAUCUCCAAGAUCUUCCCGGGGCUGGCAGCGGACAAGAGCCAGGCUCUCCGGGUGGGGGAUGCCAUCCUGGCCGUCAACGGGGCCGACCUGAGGAAUGCCACCCAUGACCAAGCUGUGCAAGUGCUGAAGAAAGCGGGCAAGGAGGUGACACUGGAAGUGCGCUUCCUGCAGGACGUGUCCCCCUAUAUCCGGAAGGCGUCCCUGGUGGGUGAUCUUCCCUGGGACGGUUGCGACCUCGGCAGUCCAGCGCACAGCGAUGCGUCCGGUUCUCCCAAACACGGAUCGAGGGACUGCAAGGUCAUUCCCUUAAAAAUGUGUUACGCUGCGAGAAAUCUGAGCAUGUACGACCCCGAGGGACGGCUGGUAGAGCUGCGCUCACCGGAUGGAUGUCACUCGCUGGUGCUGCGCUGUCGAGAUUCCGCCUCCUCCCUGUCCUGGUCACAGGCCCUGCACAACAACAUUACCGCUCUGCUGCCACAGGUCCUGGCGGAAACCCAGUGCAUGCUGGGAGCGGCGGCCGACGACCUCCGAUAUUUAGGCUGGGUGGCCGAACAGGUCUCUCAGGACGAUGGCCGGGCUUUAUGGCAUCCAAUACUUGCAGUUGUUUCUCCAAAGGAUUUUCUUCUCUUCGAGGCAAUGCCCAGGACGCGGGACGAGUGGGCGCACCCCAAGCUUAAGUUGCCGCUGAUCUCCACAAGAUUAGUACACUCAGGACCGGGGCACAACUCGCCCUCUUUGGCGCCACAUCUAACUUUUGCCACUCGCACGGGGUGCCCUCAGGGAAUUGACAUGCACGUCUUCCGCGUGGAGAACCAGCGGGAUCUUUCUGCUUGGACGAGAGCGCUGGUGCAGGGGUGUCACAUGUCAGCCGAACUCACGAGGGAGGUCACCAUCAGCUGUUCUCUACGCGGGGAAGCCGUCUCCCUCUCCAUCCAUUACGACACAGGAUUCACAGUGUGCCGCGGAGGGCCCUCGGGCCCCGUCAUGUACAGAUACCCAUUUGAGAAGCUCCGUAUGUCAGCAGACGAUGGGACCAAACAUCUUUAUCUGGACUUUGGUGGACCAGAAGGAGAACUGGCUCUGGAUUUGCACACGUGCCCGAAGCCCGUUGUUUUCCUGUUGCACACAUUCCUUUCUGCUAAGGUCAGCCGGAUGGGUCUGCUGGCCUGACCCUAGAGUGCCCCCCGCAGGACACAUUCCGCACAGGGCUAUCCCUAUAAUUCGUGCCUUCCAGCGACAAUCAAGAACAUGUAAGGAGGGACAACAUGCGGCGUCCGCUCAUACCACGUGUUCACCAAGGAGCCGCCAUCCUGUCUCGUGACCGCACGGGCUGACAGGACCCCCCCCAUCCUCCUCCCAAAGAUGUGAGCGCCCUAGCCGCAGCCCGUCAGAAUUCAACAGACACUCGCUGUUCGUUUUGUCCGGCGAGAUCCGCUGACGAAGUCGGUGUCUUUUAUCACUACAGUGACUGAAGUUUUCCUCUGGGAUUAUGAAGCCAUAUCGUUUUUAUGACCAAAGUGCCUUUUAUGUUACUGCUGCCUUAAAUUUUUAUUAUGCACAAAUCAUAUUUAUAGAGGAUAUAGAGAGAGAUAUAUAUAUAUAUACAUAUGUAUAGAUCUGCACACAUAUCUGCACCAUACAUAACACGUAUACCGUCUCCAGACGCAGGGUAUUCGCCAGCAGCCACGAGCCGUCGUUUUCGGACUCUUUGGCUGCCUCUGGGUCUCAGUUUAGACCAAAUGGGCGUUGAUUUUAACCAAAGAUUAUACCGAGCAGGGAUACACCGUAUGUAUUGUGGAAGAGAUGCCUCGCUUCAAGGAAAAAUAUACAUCAUUUAAAGGAAUCCGGCUCUUUUACCUUUCUAGAAUGUGUGCAUUAACUCCUAUAUACACGUCCAGCUGAUCUGUUACAAGAUCUCUGCUUCCUGUCAGCGAUUGGAAGCAUUCUUGUCUGCUACCUGAGGCUGAAAACCCGUACCGACCAAAUACAGCAGAGCGUUUCCGACAGUGGUCUCCAGCCUGGGCAAUCCUCUGUGACCUAAGCGUGCAGCACUCUGGGCCGAUACAUUGUUCCCUGCACUGAUACAUUGUAGCAAACGAUCAGGACAGGAGAGCGAUCUGUGUCGCUGAUGUAUUCAGCUCCCAGGUGUUUCAGGUCUGUAUGGGGUUUUCAUCCUCUGAAGGGUCGCAUUCAUUGACCGCAAACAGAGGUCUUGAAAACAGUGAAGCACUGAGACACAAACUAUAUUGGAAAGUAACCGAUUUGGAUAUGGAACACUAAUGGGGCUGUCCUCUGCUGUGCUGUACCCCCAUCUGCUUCUGAUUUCAUGCAGAUCAUGAUUUUUUUUUUCUAUUGGAUUCCAUAUGGAAAAAGAAAUUGUUGCAUGCUCCAUCGGACUCGGAGAUAUAAACGGAGAUAUUUUCCCGUAUAAGCCUGUACGACUGCUUUCGGGGUGGGGAUCUGCGUUGUGCAAGAACCCUUAUUUAAUCAGAUUUGAGGGCUAUCCACAAGAUGGCCGCCUCUGCCUUAUUGAUGAUUUUUAGUUAUGCAGUGGUGUCAUGCUGCCACCUAGUGGCCAGUUUGUAGUAAGCCUGAUUUUUUUUCUUUUUUUUUUAAUCUGUUGCAUUAGACGAAUGGAGCUUAAGUCUCAGAAGUUGCUUUAUUCAACAGCACAUUUCUGCACCUGCUAAGCUUCAACCAGGGCAUCUUAUAGGUGCACCCGGGUACUGUGGCUGCUGUGGUAUACUCUAGAAGUUUGGGCCUUAUGCUGAUCAUAAAAUAUAUAUAGAUGUCAUCAUGGCAUUUGCUUUUCAACCUCUGGAAGCAAACAAGAAUGC